AUAGCCGCGGUGCUAUCAACGCCUCUUACGAAAUGUAGGAAGUUUCAACAUUCACAACGUAAUUUUCCAUUUAAAAAUCUGAUAACAAUCCCGGGAUCUGAUCGCUAAUAUAAUGUACGACGUCCAAAUUCCAAGUUAUGGAAAACAACGGGAACGUAGUUAGAGUGAAGGAGGAGCCAAACGAUGAUACUACCGAAGGUAAUAAUUUUGUUUCGGUGGAUUCUCGCAAAGUCAACAACUUUGAAACGUUCACGGUUUUUAAAUCAUCAGCAAAACUCAUGAACAAAGUUAAGCCGUUACAUGGAGAGUUGGAUGAAAAAAUAUUCAUCGAUUUUGAGUGCAAAGAUGUUAAAACUGAACUGCCGUUUCUAUCGACAGCCAUUUGCAAAACUGAGUAUCGAAAUUGUCUACCUAUUGUAAAAGAAGAAAAUCGAAGUAAUGAUAAUUAUUUCAAUGAUAAAGAUCAGUUAAUUUUAAUAAAAAACGAAUUCGAUAAUAACAGUAAUCAAGUUGAAGAAAAUUCUCAAUUGAAAAUUGAAGAAUAUGAGAAAGUAAAAAAAUCAAGAAAAAUUUCUAAAACCAAACAAUGUCAUGAGUGUCAAAAAUGUCGAAAAACUUUCAAAGAAAAAGUGAGUCUAAAAAGACAUAUCAUUUCGGCCCAUACGGGUAUUAGACCAUAUGAAUGUAAAAUUUGCCAUAAGUCAUUUCGAUACCAGUGUAAACUUAAAAUGCAUAUAAUGACAGUACAUUAUCAGAUCAAACCCUUCGAAUGUGAGAUUUGCCAUAAGUCAUUCGGAGAGCAAAAUAAACUCAAAUGUCACAAAAGUACAGUUCAUGAUCUUGAAAAACCCUUCGAGUGUAAAAUUUGUCAUAAGUCAUUCGGCCGUAGGUAUCACCUCAAAACUCACCUAAAUGCAGUGCAUAGUCGUAGCAAACAUUUUGAGUGUGAUAUUUGUCACAAAUCAUUUGGAGAUAAAAGUAAUCUCAAAAAACACAUAAACACACUACAUAAUCGUAUAAAACCCUUUGAAUGUGACACUUGUCACAAAUCAUUUGGCUAUAAGAGUGAUCUCAAAAAACAUAUAACUGCAGUACAUCAUCGGAGCAAACCAUUUGAGUGUGAGAUUUGUUAUAAAUCAUUUGGAGAGAAGAAUACACUUAAAAGGCACAAGAUGACUGUACAUGAUAGAAGAAAACUCUUUGAAUGUGAGAUUUGUCACAAAUCAUUUGGAGAGAAGACUAAACUUACAAGGCACAUAAACACACUACAUAAUCGUAUAAAACCCUUUGAAUGUGACACUUGUCACAAAUCAUUUGGCUAUAAGAGUGAUCUCAAAAAACAUAUAACUGCAGUACAUGAUCGGAGCAAACCAUUUGAGUGUGAGAUUUGUUAUAAAUCAUUUGGAGAAAAGAAUACACUUAAAAGGCACAAGAUGACUAUACAUGAUAGAAGAAAACUCUUUGAAUGAGAGAUUUGUCACAAAUCCUUUGGAGAGAAGACUAAACUUAUAAGGCACAUAAACACACUACAUAAUCGUAUAAAACCCUUUGAAUGCGAUAUUUGUCUCAAAUCAUUUUGAUACCAGCAUCGCCUCAAAGCUCACGUAAAAAGAGUACAUGAUCGUUGUAAACUUUUUGAAUGUGACACUUGUUACAAAUCAUUUGGCUGUAAGAGAGAUCUCAAAAAACACAUAACUGCAGUACAAGAUCGAAAAUUUGAGCGAAAUGAUAAUCUCAAAGUUCACAUAAAUACAGUACAUAAUAGUAGAAAAACCAUUGAGUCUGAAAUUUGUCACAAAUCAUUUGGAUAUCAGCAUGCACUCAAAAAUCACGUAAAUUCAGUUUGUGACAAGUAAAAUUCCUUCUGAGACAUUUGGAUUCUUAAAUGACUUCUACAAUCAUAUAAAUUCGAAAAUUCAACCGAUUUAAUGUAAUCUAAGUUAAACUAUCUCAUUGCAAUACAUUAAUGUAGAAAUUUAAUAAUCAUUCUUUAUAAAUAAAUCAUUUAAUUAUAAUUUUACUGUAUUCUAGGCGCUCUG